UGGUCUGGCCGACUUCACUUUUCCUCCUGGCUUCUCCUUUGGAGUGAUCCGUGCCAGAGGAGCCUUUUGGGGCUUUGUUUUUCCUUCUCAGUAGGCCCCCCAAGACCCCGCCUAGGUAAUUUGGGGGCUCCAUCCUCUCUCCAGCGUCGAAUGGGAGGAGGCGGCAGGAGGAGCGGCCUGGGGCUUAAUCUGAUGGCCAGUUGCUGCCCCUGUUUCAAGCUGUGGCGGGAGCCUGUCAGAAAGGUGACUCUUGUGAUGCUGGGACUUGAUAAUGCUGGAAAAACAACCACAGCAAAGGGAAUCCAAGGAGAUCAGCCUGAAGACGUAGUACCUACUGUUGGAUUUUCCAAAAUUGACCUUAGACAAGGAAAGUUCCAAGUCACCAUAUUUGACUUGGGAGGUGGAAAAAGAAUUCGGGGAAUCUGGAAGAAUUACUAUGCUGAAUCCUAUGGGGUAAUAUUCGUGGUGGAUUCCAGUGAUGAAGAGAGAAUGGAGGAGACAAAAGAGACAAUGUCAGAAGUGCUACGCCAUCCUAGGAUAUCAGGAAAGCCUAUUUUGGUGCUGGCAAAUAAACAAGACAAGGAAGGGGCUUUAGGAGAAGCUGAUGUCAUUGAGUGUCUGUCGCUGGAAAAAUUGGUCAAUGAGCACAAGUGCCUUUGUCAAAUAGAACCUUGUUCAGCAGUCUUUGGAUGUGGAAAGAAAAUCGACAAGUCUAUUAAAAAUGGCCUUUUUUGGCUGUUACAUAUCAUUGCAAGAGAUUUUGAUGCCUUAAAUGAACGCAUCCAAAAUGACACAAUAGAACAGCGUGCUCAAGAGGAGCUAGAGAAACGAGAAAGGGCCGAGCGUGUGCGAAAGUUACGGGAAGAAAGAGAACAGAGAACGCGAGAGCUGGCUGAACUUGAUGGGACAAGUGGUCUGGCUGAGAUGGACCCAGAGACAAUUGUUGGUAAUCCUUUCCAGCCAAUAGCAUCUGUAAUUUCUGAGAAUGAAAAAAGAAUUGAAGAGAAAAAGAGACAAGAUAUGGAGAAAAGCAGUGAUGCCUGCUCUCAGAGAAAAACAGUGGAGCAUGAACAAACUGAGACACAAAGUCAGACCAGUGAUAAUAGCCAAAAAAACAGUGAGUUUGGAAUAGUGGAAAAUUAUAAGAAGGCAUUAACACAGCAGUUGGAGAAUGAAGAUGAGGCAGAUCAGCGGUCAUCAGAAUCAGCCGAUAGCAGUAAAAAGAAAACUAAAAAACUAAAAAUAAAAAGGAAUAACCGAGUAGAACCAGUGAAUACAGAUGACAAUGUUCCUAAGAGUCCACCACCACCUCCACCGCCUCCUCCUAUUGGCUGGGGAACUCCCAAAGUCACUAGACUUCCAAAACUUGAACCUCUGGGUGGAAUACGUCAUAAUGAUUUUUAUGGGAAACCACUGCCUCCACUAAUUGCGCGGCACAGACCUAACAGUGAUGCUCAUGAUGUGAUCUCAUAACCAAACUAUGUGGGUAAACUUCUUGAAGUACAACAAGACAACACAGAAGAUCUUCUUUCACAAAGAAAAAAACUCUGAACAUCGAUGACUGGGGCACUGAUUUUGCUGGGCUAACAAUUACAAUGAGACGUCAAAGACCUGACUGAUGCAAUAAUUGGCUAUCCAUUCUUCAUUUUGGGGAGGGAAGGGGAGGAAGGCCAGAAUUACAAGCAUCUGGGAUGAGCAUUUCAACAAAUUAGCAAGAUGCAGCAUAGACUUUGGUUUCUAUAUCACAAAGAAAAGCCUCAGUAAAAGAGCCAAUGGACUCUGCACAGAUUUGUUUGCAUUUAUUUUAUAAAUCUUUAUAUCUCUAUCUUAAGCAUUUUUUUGUAAGAUGCAUGUGUACAAAAGGGAACUUUUAGGAAUUUAUAACUUACAUUUUUAACUUUAUAUUUUUCUAAAACUUUUGUAUUGACUCUGCACUAUUUUAUAGACAGUUAAAAUAUUGUGUCUGGAAAAUGGAGUUGAUAAACUGGUCAGACUAUUCAACUGGGAUAUAUAUUAAUGUGACUUGAGAUGGAAUUUACAA